UUUAACCCCCGGGGGAAGGGUGACCACUCCGACCUGGAUUUACCGUUCUUGGUCUCCCUAAGCCCCCCCGAGUGGGGGGCGGCUGUGCUCGCUCUGGCGGUUGGAGGUCGGGGAGCGGCCCGGGCUCUGGCCAUGUUCUCGGAUGAGGAUUUCUGGAUCGCCCUGUGAAGAGGUCUCCCCGAGAGGGCCCUGCCCAGUCGGAGAGAGGGAUGGACAGCCGGAAGCCGCCUGCUGAAGAGAAAGAUUCAGACCCAGCAGCUGAUGGACUCGCAGCCCCUGAGAAGCCUGGUGCCACUGAGCCAGACCUUCCCAUUCUGUGUAUCGGGGAGGUCUCCGUCCCCAGUUCUGGGGGUUCCAGGCCUCAGAAGCCUCCUCAUGACUGCAGUAGGGGCCCAGCACGGCGUUGUGCUCUCUGUAACUGCGGGGAGCCCAGUCUGCAUGGGCAAAGGGAGCUGCAGCGCUUUGAAUUGCCAUCUGACUGGCCCGGGUUUCCAGUGGUAUCCUCUGGGGGAAACUCAGGUCCCUGUGAGGCAGUGCUGCCCAAGGAGAACGCAUCACAAAUUGGUUUCCCUGAGGGUCUUACGCCUGCCCACCUAGGAGAGCCUGGAGGGCACUGCUGGGCACAUCAUUGGUGUGCAGCGUGGUCAGCAGGCGUAUGGGGGCAGGAGGGCCCAGAACUGUGUGGUGUGGACAAGGCCAUCUUCUCAGGGAUCUCACAGCGCUGCUCCCACUGCGCCAGGUUCGGUGCCUCCGUUCCUUGCCGCUCACCCGGAUGUUCCCGGCUUUACCACUUUCCCUGUGCAACUGCCAGUGGCUCCUUCUUAUCCAUGAAAACCCUGCAGCUGCUCUGCCCAGAGCACAGUGAUGGAGCUGCACAUUUGGAGGAGGCUCGCUGUGCAGUGUGUGAGGGGCCAGGGCAGCUGUGUGACUUGCUCUUCUGUACCAGCUGUGGGCAUCACUAUCAUGGAGCCUGUCUGGACACUGCUCUGACUGCCCGCAAGCGUGCCGGUUGGCAGUGCCCUGAAUGCAAAGUGUGCCAAUCGUGCAGGAAACCUGGGAAUGAUUCUAAAAUGUUGGUGUGUGAGACAUGUGACAAAGGGUAUCAUACCUUCUGUUUAAAACCGCCUAUGGAGGACCUGCCUGCUCACUCGUGGAAAUGUAAGACAUGCCGGCUAUGUCGGGCCUGUGGGGCCGGCUCAGCAGAACUGAAUCCCAACUCUGAGUGGUUUGAGAACUAUUCACUCUGUCACCGAUGUCAUAAAGCCCAGGGAAGCCAGCCUGUCACUUCUGUUGCCGAGCAGCACCCAGCUGUCUGUAGCAGAUUGUCCCCCCCAGAGCCUGGUGAGAUCCUCAUUGAUGCACCUGAUGCUCUGUACGUUGGAUGCCAAGGGCAGCCAAAGGGUGGGCAUGUGACCUCUAUGCAACCCAAGGAACUGGUGCCCCUGCAAUGUGAAGCCAAACCACUAGGGAGAGCAGGGACCCAACUUGAAGCCCAGUUGGAGGCUCCCCUGCAUGAGGAGAUGCCACUGCUGCCCCCGCCUGAGGAGUCGCCCCUGUCUCCACCACCUGAAGAAUCACCCACAUCUCCACCACCUGAGGCCUCUCGCCUGUCCCCACCAACUGAGGAGUCGCCCCUUUCUCCACCACCUGAGUCGUCACCUUUUUCUCCACUGGAGGGCUGCCCUCCAUCUCCUGCACUAGACACACCCCUGUCUCCACCGCCUGAAGCCUCACCCCUAUCUCCACCAUUUGAGGAGUCUCCUCUGUCCCCUCCACCAGAGGAACUGCCCUCUUCUCCACCACCUGAAGCAUCUCGCCUAUCCCCUCCACCCGAAGAGUCACCCAUGUCCCCUCCACCCGAAGAGUCACCCAUGUCCCCUCCACCUGAGGCAUCUCGUCUUUUCCCACCAUUUGAAGAGUCUCCCCUAUCUCCUCCACCUGAGGACUCUCCUCUGUCCCCACCUCCAGAGGCAUCACGGCUGUCCCCACCCCCUGAGGACUCCCCUAUGUCUCCCCCACCUGAAGACUCACCUAUGUCCCCCCCACCUGAGGUGUCCUGCUUCUUGCCCCUGCCUGUCCUGUCACAUCUGUCACCUCUGCCUGAGGUAUCACGGCUGUCCCCACCACCCGAGGAAUCUCCCCUGUCCCCACCACCCGAGGACUCUCCUGCCUCACCUCCACCUGAAGCCUCCCGACUGUCCCCACCACCCGAGGAUUCUCCUGCCUCACCUCCACCUGAAGCCUCCCGACUGUCCCGUCCCCGGGAAGACUCACCUGCUUCACCACCACCAGAGGACUCACUCAUGUCCUUGCCGAUGGAGGAGUCACCGCUGUCGCCACUGCCUGAGGAGCUGAGACUCUGCCCUCAGCCCGAGGAACCAUACCUGUCUCCUCAGCCUGAGGAGCCCCGACUCUGUCCCCAGCCUGAGGAGCUGCCACUGUCCCCACAGUCUGAGGAGCCAUGCCUGUCCCCUGUGCUUGCAGAACCAGGCCCGUCUUCUCAGCCUGAGGAGCUACGCUUGUCCCCUGUGCCUCAGGAGCCACACCUGUCCCCUCAGCCUGAGGAGCCACACCUGUCCCCUCAGCCUAAGCAGUUGCACCUGUCUCCCCAAUCUGAGGAGCCCUGCCUGUCCCCCAUGCCUGAGGAGCCAUGCUUGUCCCCACAGCCUGAGGAACUAAAUGGACCUCCUCAGCCUGCAGAGCCUCCUGAGGAACCAAGCCAGAGCUCUGCACCUAAGGAGCUGUCCUUGUUUUCCCCAAGUGGGGAGCCACCUUUAUCCCCCAUGCUUGGAGAGCCAGCCCUGUCUGAGCCUGGGGAACCACCUCUAUCCCCACUUCCUGAGGAGCUGCCCUUGUCCCUGUCGGGGGAGCCAGUCUUGUCACCUCAGCUGAUGCCACCAGAUCCUCUUCCUCCUCCACUCUCACCCAUUAUCCCAGCUGCAGCCCCUCCAGCCUUGUCUCCUUUGGGGGAGUUAGAGUACCCCUUUGGUGCCAAAGGGGACAGUGACCCUGAGUCACCGUUGGCUGCCCCCAUCCUCGAGACACCUAUCAGCCCUCCACCGGAAGCCAACUGCACUGACCCUGAGCCUGUGCCCCCGAUGAUCCUCCCCCCAUCUCCAGGCUCCCCCCUGGCACCCGCCUCUCCGAUCCUCAUGGAGCGCCUCCCUCCGCCCUGCUCUCCGGUCCUUCCGCACUCCUUGCCUCCUCCGACCCCCCCUCCUUCCCACUGCUCACCUCCUGCUCUGCCGCUCUCUGUUCCCUCUCCGCUGAGUCCUGUGCAGAAGGCAGUGGAUGUCUCAGAUGAAGCUGAGCUGCACGAGAUGGAGACUGAUAAAGGCCCAGAACCUGAGUGCCCAGCCUUGGAACCCAGGGCCACCAGUCCCCUGCCGUCCCCUCUGGGGGACCUUUCUUGCCCCGCCCCCAGCCCUGCCCCGGCCCUGGAUGACUUCUCUGGCUUGGGAGAAGACACAGCCCCUCUAGAUGGGACUGAUGCCGAUCCAUCUCAGUCACGGACUGGACAGAUGUCUGGCAGCUUGGCUGGUGAACUUAAAGGUUCUCCUGUGCUCCUGGACCCCGAGGAGCUGACCCCUGUGACCCCUAUGGAGGUCUAUGGCCCAGAAUGCAAGCAGGCAGGGCAAGGCUCACCCUGUGAAGAGCAGGAGGAGCCUGGUGCACCAAUGGCCCCCAUGCCGCCCACUCUCAUCAAAUCUGACAUCGUCAAUGAGAUCUCUAACCUGAGCCAGGGCGAUGCCAGUGCCAGUUUUCCUGGUUCAGAGCCUCUGCUGGGCUCCCCUGACCCCGAGGGGGGCGGCUCCUUGUCCAUGGAGCUGGGAGUAUCCACGGAUGUUAGUCCUGCCCGAGAUGAGGGCUCCCUACGCCUCUGCACUGACUCUCUGCCAGAGACGGACGACUCCCUGCUGUGUGACACUGGGACAGCAACCAGUGGAGGCAAAGCCGAGGGGGACAAAGGGCGGCGGCGCAGCUCCCCUGCCCGGUCCCGAAUCAAACAGGGUCGGAGCAGCAGUUUCCCAGGACGACGCCGGCCUCGUGGAGGAGCAGCACAUGGAGGCCGAGGAAGAGGACGGGCCCGACUGAAGUCGACCACUUCUUCCGUUGAGACACUGGUAGUGGCUGAUAUUGAUAGUUCUCCUAGCAAGGAGGAGGAGGAGGAAGACGAUGACACCAUGCAAAAUACCGUGGUUCUGUUCUCUAACACAGACAAAUUUGUUCUAAUGCAGGACAUGUGUGUGGUGUGCGGCAGCUUUGGCCGGGGCGCUGAGGGCCACCUCUUGGCCUGUUCACAGUGUUCUCAGUGCUAUCACCCGUACUGUGUCAACAGCAAGAUCACCAAGGUGAUGCUGCUGAAGGGCUGGCGUUGUGUGGAGUGUAUCGUGUGUGAGGUGUGCGGCCAGGCCUCCGAUCCUUCGCGCCUGCUGCUCUGUGAUGACUGUGACAUUAGCUACCAUACAUACUGCCUGGAUCCCCCACUGCUCACUGUGCCCAAGGGUGGCUGGAAGUGCAAGUGGUGCGUGUCGUGCAUGCAGUGUGGGGCCGCCUCCCCUGGCUUCCACUGCGAAUGGCAGAAUAGUUACACACAUUGCGGGCCAUGUGCCAGCCUGGUGACCUGUCCUGUCUGCCAUGCUCCCUAUGUGGAGGAAGACCUGCUAAUCCAGUGUCGCCACUGUGAACGGUGGAUGCAUGCCGGCUGCGAGAGCCUCUUCACAGAGGAUGAGGUGGAGCAGGCUGCCGAUGAGGGCUUUGACUGUGUUUCCUGCCAGCCCUAUGUGGUGAAGCCUGUGGUACCCGUUGCCCCACCAGAGCUGGUACCUGUGAAGGUAAAAGAGCCAGAGCCCCAGUUCUUUCGCUUCGAGGGUGUGUGGCUGACAGAAACUGGCAUGGCGGUGCUGCGUAACCUGACCAUGUCACCACUGCACAAGCGGCGCCAGCGGCGAGGACGGCUAGGCCUCCCAGGCGAGGCAGGGCUGGAGGGUUCUGAGCCCUCAGAUGCCCUUGGCCCUGAUGACAAGAAGGAUGGGGACCUGGACACUGACGAUCUGCUCAAGGGUGAAGGGGGUGUUGAGCAAAUGGAAUGUGAAAUUAAGCUAGAAGGCCCCGCCAGCCCUGAUGUAGAACUUGGCAAAGAAGAGACAGAGGAAAGCAAAAAGCGCAAGCGCAAACCCUAUCGGCCAGGCAUUGGUGGUUUCAUGGUACGGCAGCGGAAGUCUCACACCCGUGUGAAAAGGGGGCCUGCUGCACAGGCAGAGGUGUCGAGUGGGGAUGGACAGCCCGAUGAGGUGAUGCCUGCUGACCUGCCUGCAGAGGGCUCUGUGGAACAGAGCCUUGCUGAGGGGGACGAGAAGAAGAAGCAACAGCGACGAGCGCGCAAAAAGAGCAAGCUGGAGGACAUGUUUCCUGCUUACCUGCAGGAAGCCUUCUUUGGAAAGGACCUGCUGGACCUGAGUCGGAAGGCCCUGUUUGCAGUUGGGGUGGGCCGGCCAGGCUUUGGACUGGGAGCCUCAAAGCCCCGGGGCGAUGGAGGUUCGGAUAGGAAGGAGCUUAUGACAGCCAUGCACAAAGGAGAUGAUGGGCCGGAUGUUGCAGAUGAGGAGUCCCAUGGGCCUGAGGGCGCGGCUGAUGUACCAGGGCUUGAGGAUGGGGGUGUAAAGGCAUCCCCAGUGCCCAGUGACCCUGAGAAGCCGGGCACCCCAGGUGAAGGAGUGCUUAGCUCUGACUUAGACAGGAUUCCCACAGAAGAACUACCCAAAAUGGAGUCCAAGGACCUGCAGCAGCUCUUUAAGGAUGUCCUGGGCUCAGAACGAGAGCAGCAUUUGGGUUGUGGAACUCCUGGUCUAGAAGGUGGCCGAACACCACUGCAGAGGCCCUUUCUCCAAGGCGGACUCGCUUUGGGCAGUCUCCCCUCCAGCAGCCCGAUGGACUCCUACCCAGGCCUCUGCCAAUCCCCCUUCUUGGAUUCUAGGGAGCGCGGGGGCUUCUUUAGCCCAGAACCCGGUGAGCCAGACAGCCCUUGGACAGGCUCAGGGGGCACCACACCCUCCACCCCCACCACGCCUACCACAGAGGGCGAGGGCGACGGGCUGUCCUAUAACCAGCGGAGUCUGCAGCGUUGGGAAAAAGACGAGGAGCUGGGUCAGCUCUCCACUAUCUCACCUGUUCUCUAUGCCAACAUUAACUUUCCUAAUCUCAAGCAAGAUUACCCAGACUGGUCUAGCCGAUGUAAACAAAUCAUGAAGCUCUGGAGAAAGGUUCCAGCCGCUGACAAAGCCCCCUACCUGCAAAAGGCCAAAGAUAACCGGGCUGCUCACCGCAUCAGCAAGGUGCAGAAGCAGGCUGAGAGCCAGAUCAGCAAGCAAGCCAAGAUGGGCGACAUAGCCCGUAAGACUGAUCGACCGGCCCUCCAUCUCCGAAUUCCCUCCCAGCCAGGGGCACUGGGCAGUCCGCCCCCUGCUGCGGCCCCCACCAUUUUCCUUGGCAGCCCCACCACCCCUGCUGGCUUGUCUACCUCUGCGGACGGGUUCCUGAAGCCACCAGCGGGCACAGUACCCGGCCCUGACUCACCUGGUGAGCUCUUCCUCAAGCUCCCGCCCCAGGUGCCCGCCCAAGUGCCUUCGCAGGACCCCUUUGGACUGGCCCCUGCCUACGCCCCGGAGCCCCGCUUCUCUGCGGCACCACCCACUUAUCCUCCUUACCCAAGCCCCACUGGAGCCCCUGUCCAUCCCCCAAUGCUGGGUACCACAACUCGACCUGGGACUGGCCAGCCAGGGGAAUUUCAUACUACCCCACCGGGUACCCCCAGACACCAGCCUUCCACGCCUGACCCCUUCCUCAAACCUCGCUGCCCCUCACUGGACAACCUGGCUGUGCCUGAGAGCCCAGGGGUAGCAGGAGGCAAGGCUUCUGAGCCUCUGCUCUCACCCCCACCUUUUGGGGAGUCCCGGAAGUCCCUAGAAGUGAAGAAGGAAGAGCUUGGGGCAUCCUCUCCUGGCUAUGGUCCCCCAAACCUGGGCUGUGUUGACUCACCCUCUUCUGGCCCCCACCUGGGUGGCCUGGAGUUAAAGGCACCUGAUGUCUUCAAAGCCCCCCUAACCCCUCGGGCAUCUCAGGUAGAGCCCCAGAGCCCGGGUCUGGGCUUGCGGGCCCAGGAGCCACCCCCUGCCCAGGCUUUGGCCCCUUCACCUCCCAGCCAUCCAGAUGUCUUUCGUUCUGGCCCAUACCCCGACCCCUAUGCCCAGCCCCCAUUGACUCCUCGGCCCCAACCACCACCUCCUGAGAGCUGCUGUGCCCCGCCUCCCCGAUCACUGCCCUCUGACCCUUUCUCCAGAGUGCCCGCUAGUCCUCAGUCCCAGUCCAGUUCCCAGUCCCCACUGACCCCACGUCCUCUGUCGGCUGAGGCUUUCUGCCCAUCCCCUGUAACCCCUCGCUUCCAGUCCCCUGACCCUUAUUCUCGUCCACCCUCACGACCUCAGUCCCGUGAUCCCUUUGCCCCAUUGCAUAAGCCACCCCGGCCCCAGCCCCCUGAAGUUGCCUUUAAGGCUGGGCCCCUAGCCCACACUCCACUGGGAGCUGGGGGCUUCCCAGCAGCCCUGCCCUCUGGCCCAGCAGGUGAGCUCCAUGCCAAGGUCCCAAGUGGGCAGCCCACUAAUUUUGCCCGUUCUCCCGGGACAGGCACAUUUGUGGGCACCCCAUCUCCCAUGCGGUUCACUUUCCCACAGGGGGUAGGGGAGCCUUCCCUAAAACCCCCUGUCCCUCAGCCUGGUCUCCCUUCACCCCAUGGGAUCAACAGCCAUUUUGGGCCUGGCCCCACCUUGGGCAAGCCUCAAAGCACAAACUACGCAGUAGCCACGGGGAACUUUCACCCAUCAGGCAGCCCCCUGGGGCCCAACAGUGGACCCACAGGGGAGGGCUAUGGGCUGUCCCCACUACGCCCCGCAUCCGUUCUGCCACCUCCCACACCUGAUGGAUCCCUCCCCUACUUGACGCAUGGAGCUUCACAAAGGGUAGGCAUCACCUCUCCAGUGGAAAAGAGAGAAGACCCAGGAGCUACGAUGAGCAGUAGCUCUUUGGCAACACCUGAACUCUCAAGUGCCCAGGAUGCAGGCAUAUCUAGCCUCAGCCAGACAGAGCUGGAGAAGCAACGGCAGCGCCAGCGACUACGGGAAUUGCUGAUUCGACAGCAGAUCCAGCGGAACACCCUGCGGCAGGAGAAGGAAACAGCUGCAGCAGCUGCAGGUGCAGUAGGGCCUCCAGGCAACUGGGGUGCUGAACCUAGCAGCCCUGCCUUUGAACAGCUGAGCCGAGGCCAGACCCCUUUCACUGGGUCUCAGGAUAGGAGCAGCAUUGUGGGGUUACCUGCCAGCAAGCUAGGCGGUCCCAUGCUGGGCCCAGGGGCCUUCUCCAGUGAUGAUCGGCUCUCCCGGCCACUUCCACCAGCCACACCUUCUUCCAUGGACAUGAACAGCAGGCAACUUGUCGGAGGCUCCCAGGCCUUCUACCAGCGAACACCCUAUCCUGGGUCCCUGCCCUUACAGCAGCAGCAGCAACAGCAGCAACAACAGCAGCAGCAGCAGCAACAACAACAACAACUGUGGCAGCAGCAGCAGCAGCAGCAGCAGGCAGCAGCAGCAGCAGCAACCUCCAUGAGACUUGCCAUGUCUGCUCGAUUCCCUUCAACUCCUGGACCUGAACUUGGCCGCCAGGCACUAGGUUCCCCCUUGGCAGGAAUCCCCACCCGACUUCCAGGCCCUGCUGAGCCAGUUCCUGGUCCCGCUGGCCCUGCUCAGUUCAUCGAGUUGCGACAUAAUGUGCAGAAAGGACUUGGACCUGGGGUAUCUCCGUUUCCUGGUCAAGGACCCCCUCAGAGGCCCCGUUUUUACCCAGUCAGCGAGGAACUCCAUCGACUGGCUCCUGAAGGUCUUCGGAGCCUGGCUGUUCCAGGCCUUCCCUCACAAAAGCCUUCAGCCCUGCCAGCCCCCGAGCUGAACAACAGCCUUCAUCAGACGCCCCAUGCCAAGGGCCCCGCUCUAGCCUCUGGCUUGGAGCUGGUCAGCCGCCCACCGUCAAACACUGAGCUUAGUCGUCCCCCUCUGGCCUUGGAGGCUGGGAAGUUGCCUUGUGAGGACCCUGAGCUGGAUGACGACUUUGAUGCCCACAAGGCCCUGGAGGAUGAUGAAGAGCUUGCUCACUUGGGUCUGGGUGUGGAUGUAGCCAAGGGUGAUGAUGAGCUGGGCACCCUGGAAAACCUGGAGACGAAUGACCCCCACCUGGAUGACCUCCUCAAUGGAGAUGAAUUUGACCUGCUAGCAUACACUGACCCUGAGCUUGAUACUGGGGACAAGAAGGACAUCUUCAAUGAGCACCUAAGGCUGGUGGAGUCAGCAAAUGAGAAGGCUGAGCGAGAAGCCCUGCUGCGGGGGGUGGAGCCAGUGUCCUUGGGCCCCGAGGAGCGGCCUCCACCUGCCCCAGAUAACUCUGAGCCUCGCUUAACAUCUGCGCUCCCUGAGGUGAAGCCCAAAGUGGAGGAGGGAGGGCGCCACCCUUCUCCUUGCCAGUUCACCAUUAAUACCCCCAAGGUGGAACCAGCCCCUCCUGCCACUCCCCUCAGCCUGGGUCUGAAGCCAGGACAGACCAUGAUGGGCACCCGGGACUCACGAGGAGGAGUGGGUACAGGAUCGUUCCCCAGCAGUGGGCACACGGCUGAGAAGGGCCCCUUUGGGGCCACAGGAGGAACACCAGCUCACUUGCUGAACCCCAGCUCACUGACUGGCCCAGCUGCAUCCUCUCUUCUGGAAAAGUUUGAGCUAGAAAGUGGGGCCCUAACCUUACCCAGUGGGCAUGCAGCAGCUGGGGAUGAACUGGACAAAAUGGAGAGCUCAUUGGUAGCUAGUGAGUUGCCCCUUCUCAUUGAGGACCUACUAGAGCACGAGAAGAAGGAGCUACAGAAGAAGCAACAGCUUUCAGCACAGACUGUGCUGCCUGCCCAGCAGCAGCAGCAGCAGCAGCAGCAGCAGCAGCAGCAGCAGCAGCAGCAGCAGCAGCACGCCCUCCUUCCCACACCAGGCCCUGCCCAGGCACUGCCUUUGCCACAUGAGCCUGGGCCACCACAGCAGCUUGCUCUAGGUCUUGGAAGUACCCGGCAGCCAGGCUUGGGCCAGUCGAUGGUGCCCACCCAGCCACCAGCUCAUGCCCUUCAGCAGCGCCUGGCCCCGUCCGUGGCUUUGGUGUCUAACCAAGGGCAUAUGCUAAGUGGGCAGCAAGCGGGGCAGACAGGUCUGGUACCCCAGCAGAGUUCACAGCCAGUGUUGGCACAGAAGCCCAUGAGUGCCAUGCCAGCGUCCAUGUGCAUGAAGCCCCAGCAGCUGGCGAUGCAGCAGCAGCAGCUGGCGAACAGUUUCUUCCCAGACACAGACCUAGACAAAUUUGCUGCAGAAGACAUCAUUGAUCCUAUUGCAAAGGCCAAGAUGGUAGCUUUGAAAGGCAUUAAGAAAGUGAUGGCUCAGGGCAGCAUUGGGGUAGCACCUGGUAUGAACAGGCAGCAAGUGUCCCUGCUGGCACAGAGGCUCUCCGGGGGGUCUGGCAGUGAUCUUCAGAACCAUGUGGCACCUGGGAGUGGCCAGGAACGGAAUCCUGGUGACCCUGCCCAGCCUCGUCCUAACCCGCCCACUUUUGCCCAGGGAGUGAUCAAUGAGGCUGACCAGCGGCAGUAUGAGGAGUGGCUGUUCCACACCCAGCAGCUCCUACAGAUGCAGCUGAAGGUGCUAGAGGAGCAGAUUGGUGUGCACCGCAAGUCUCGGAAGGCUCUGUGUGCCAAGCAGCGCACUGCCAAAAAGGCUGGCCGCGAGUUCCCCGAAGCCGAUGCCGAGAAGCUCAAGCUGGUCACUGAGCAGCAGAGCAAGAUCCAGAAGCAGCUGGAUCAGGUCCGGAAACAGCAGAAAGAGCACACAAAUCUCAUGGCAGAAUAUCGGAACAAGCAGCAGCAGCAGCAGCAACAGCAGCAGCAGCAGCAGCAACAGCAGCAGCACUCAGCUGUGCUGGCUGUCAGCCCUUCUCAGAAUCCUCGGGUACUCACCAAGCUCCCUGGCCAGCUGCUCCCUGCCCAUGGGUUACAGCCACCACAGGCACCUCCGGGUGGGCAAGCUGGCGGUCUUCGUCUGCCUCCAGGGGGUAUGGUACUACCUGGACAGUCUGGUGGUCCAUUCCUCAAUACUACCUUGGCCCAACAGCAGCAACAGCAGCAUUCUGGUGUGGCUGGAUCCUUGACUGGCCCCUCCGGGAGCUUCUUCCCCGGCAAUCUUACUCUCCGAAGUCUUGGACCUGACUCGAGGCUUUUACAGGAAAGGCAACUACAGCUGCAGCAGCAACGAAUGCAGCUGGCUCAGAAACUACAGCAGCAGCAGCAGCAGCAGCAGCAACAACAACAACAGCAACAACAACAGCAACACCUCUUAGGGCAGGUGGCAAUCCAACAACAACAGGGUCCCGGAGUACAGAACCAGGUUCUGGGUCCUAAGCCUCAGGGCCUUCUGCCUCCCAGCAACCACCAGGGCCUCCUGGUCCAGCAGUUGUCCCCCCAGCAGUCCCAGGGAUCCCAGGGCCUGCUUGGUCCUGCCCAGGUGACGGUGCUGCAGCAGCAGCAGCAGCAACAGCACUCUGGAGCUCUGGGUCCUCAGGGCCCUCACAGACAGGUGCUUAUGACUCAGUCCAGGGUGCUGAGCUCCCCUCAGCUGGCACAACAGGGUCACAGCCUUAUGGGACACCGGCUGCUCACAGCCCAGCAGCAGCAGCAGCAGCAGCAGCAGCAGCAGCAGCAACAACAACAACAACAACAGCAGGGAUCUAUGACAGGGCUUUCCCAACUUCAGCAAGGAAUGAUGUCACAUGGUGGACAGCCCAAAAUGAGUGCUCAGGCUUUGGGUUCUUUACAGCAGCAACAGCAACAGCUACAGCAGCAACAGAUGCUACAGCAGCAGCAGCAACAGCUACAGCAGCAACAGCUACAACAGCAACAACAACAGCAACAGCUACAACAGCAACAGCUGCAGCUCCAGCAGCAGCAACAACAGCAACAGCUCCAGCAACAGCAACAUCUGCAGCAGCAGCAACAACAGCAGCAGCUGCAGCAACAGCAACACCUGCAGCAGCAGCAACAACAGCAGCAGCUGCACUUGCAGCAGCAGCUGCACCAGCAACAACAGCUGCAGCUUCAGCAACAGCAGAUGGGCCUCUUGAACCAGAAUCGAACUUUAUUAUCUCCGCAGCAGCAGCAGCAGCAGCAACAACAGCAACAGCAGCAGCAGCAGCAGCAACAACAGCAGCAGCAGCAGCAGCAACAACAGCAACAGCAGCAGCAGCAAGUGACACUUGGCCCUGGCCUGCCAGUCAAGCCUCUUCAACACUUUUCUAGCCCUGGAGCCCUAGGCCCAACCCUCCUCCUGACAGGCAAGGAACAAAACAAUGCAGAGACAGCGCUUCCUUCAGAGGUCACUGAGGGACCUUCAACACAUCAAGGAGGGCCACCAGCAGUGGGGACUACACCUGAGCCAAUGUCUGUUGAGCCAGGGGAGGUGAAGCCUUCCAUUUCUGGAGACUCACAGCUCCUACUUGUCCAAUCCCAGGCUCAAUCUCAGCCCACCUCAAUGCAGCUGCAGCCACCGCUCAGGCUCCCAGGACAACCCCAGCCCCAGGUGAACUUGCUUCACACAGCAGGUGGAGGAAGCCAUGGGCAGCAGCUAGGGAGUGGAUCCUCCUUUGAGUCCCCAUCUGUACCCCACCUGCUGGCUCAACCCUCUGUUUCCUUGGGGGAGCAGCCUGGACCUAUGGCCCAGAACCUUCUGGGCUCCCAACAGCCCCUUGGGCUAGAUCGACCCAUUCAAAAUAACACAGGGUCACAGCCUCCCAAAUCAGGACCUGCUCCGCAGUCUGGGCAGGGUCCUCCUGGAGCUGGAGUCAUGCCUACAGUGGGUCAACUUCGAGCACAGCUCCAAGGAGUCCUGGCCAAAAACCCACAGCUGCGGCACCUGAGCCCGCAGCAGCAGCAGCAGCUGCAGGCACUCCUCAUGCAGCGGCAGCUACAGCAGAGUCAGGCAGUACGCCAGACUCCACCGUUCCAGGAGCCCGGGACCCAGCCCUCUCCCCUCCAGGGCCUCCUGGGCUGCCAACCUCAACCUGGGGGUUUUUCUGCAUCUCAGACAGGACCCCUCCAGGAGCUAGGGGCAGGGUCUCGACCUCAGGGCCCACCCCGGCUCCCUGCCCCACAAGGAGCCUUAUCUACAGGACCAGUGCUUGGCCCUGUCCAUCCCACACCUCCACCUUCCAGUCCCCAAGAGCCAAAGAGACCUUCACAAUUACCUUCCCCCAGUGCCCAGCUAAACCCAACCCAUCCAGGGACUCCAAAGCCCCAGGGGCCAGCCUUGGAGCUGCCUCCUGGGAGGGUCUCACCUGCUGCUGCCCAGCUUGCAGAUACUUUCUUUGGCAAGGGGCUAGGACCUUGGGACCCCUCAGACAACCUCACAGAAGCCCAAAAGCCCGAGCAGAGCAGCCUGGUACCCGGGCAUCUGGAGCAGGUGAACGGACAGGUGGUACAUGAGCCGUCCCAGCUCAGCAUCAAGCAGGAGCCUCGGGAAGAGCCGUGUGCCCUGGGUGCACAGACAGUGAAAAGGGAGGCCAAUGGCGAGCCGGCUGGGGCACCAGGCACCAGCAACCACCUUCUGCUAGCAGGCUCCCGCUCGGAGGCUGGGCAUCUGCUCUUGCAGAAGCUUCUACGGGCAAAGAAUGUGCAACUUGGUGCUGGGCGGGGGCCUGAGGGGCUUCGAGCUGAGAUCAAUGGACACAUUGAUAGCAAGCUGUCAGGGCUGGAGCAGAAACUACAGGGUACUUCCAGCAACAAAGAGGAUGCAGCCACAAGAAAACCUUUGCCAGCGAAGCCUAAGCGGGUGCAGAAGACAAGUGACAGAUUGCCGAGCUCCCGAAAGAAGCUGCGGAAAGAAGAUGGGGUCAGGGCCAAUGAGGCCUUAUUGAAACAGCUAAAACAGGAACUGUCCCAGCUGCCGCUGACGGAGCCCACCAUCACCGCCAAUUUUAGCCUCUUUGCUCCCUUUGGCAGUGGCUGCCUAGUCAGCGGGCAGAGCCAGCUCAGGGGGGCCUUUGGAAGUGGGGCUCUGCACACCGGCCCUGACUACUAUUCUCAGCUGCUCACCAAGAAUAACCUGAGUAACCCGCCGACACCACCCUCGUCGCUGCCCCCCACCCCACCCCCAUCGGUGCAGCAGAAGAUGGUGAAUGGUGUUACUCCCUCUGACGAGCUGGGGGAGCGCCCCAAGGACACAGCCUCUGCCCAGGACAGUGAAGGAGCGCUGAGGGAUGCAGAAGUGAAGAGUUUAGACCUGCUGGCUGCUCUGCCCACACCCCCUCACAAUCAGACCGAGGAUGUCAGAAUGGAGAGUGACGAGGACAGCGAUUCUCCUGACAGCAUUGUGCCAGCUUCGUCCCCUGAGAGCAUCCUUGGGGAAGAGGCCCCGCGUUUUCCUCAGCUGGGAUCUGGCCGAUGGGAGCAAGACAACCGGGCCCUCUCCCCUGUCAUCCCUAUCAUCCCUCGCACCGGCAUCCCUGUCUUCCCAGACACCAAACCUUAUGGGGUCCUUGACCUGGAGGUCCCUGGAAAGCUGCCUGCUACAGCUUGGGAGAAGGGCAAGGGAAGUGAGGUGUCAGUCAUGCUCACAGUCUCUGCCGCCGCCGCCAAGAACCUGAACGGUGUCAUGGUAGCAGUAGCUGAGCUGCUAAGCAUGAAGAUACCCAACUCAUAUGAGGUGCUGUUCCCAGACGGCCCUGCCCGGGCAGGCCUCGAGCCCAAGAAGGGGGAAGCUGAAGGCCCUGGUGGGAAAGAAAAAGGUUUGAGUGGCAAGAGCCCAGACACAGGACCUGAUUGGCUAAAGCAGUUUGAUGCAGUAUUGCCUGGCUACACCCUCAAGAGCCAGUUAGACAUCUUGAGCCUCUUGAAGCAGGAGAGUCCUGCCCCAGAGCCAUCCAUCCAGCACAGCUACACCUACAAUGUCUCCAACCUGGACGUGAGGCAGCUCUCCGCCCCACCUCCUGAGGAACCUUCCCCACCUCCGUCCCCUUUGGCACCCUCUCCUGCCAGCCCUCCCGCUGAGCCCAUGGUUGAACUUGAGGCUGAAAGGCCCGCUGAGCCACCCACCCCUUCACCUCUACCACUGGCUUCAUCCCCUGAAUCUGCCCGCCCCAAACCCCGAGCACGACCCCCUGAAGAGAGUGAAGAUUCCCGCCCCCCACGCCUCAAAAAGUGGAAAGGGGUGCGCUGGAAGCGGCUGCGGCUCCUGCUCACCAUCCAGAAGGGGAGUGGCCAUCAAGAGGAUGAGCGGGAGGUGGCAGAGUUUAUGGAGCAGUUUGGUACAGCUUUGAGACCAAGCAAGGUGCCGCGAGAUAACCGCCGAUGCUGCUUCUGUCAUGAAGAGGGAGACGGUGCCACCGAUGGGCCCGCCCGCCUGCUCAACCUCGACUUGGACCUCUGGGUACACCUCAACUGUGCCCUGUGGUCCACGGAAGUGUAUGAGACCCAGGGCGGGGCAUUGAUGAAUGUGGAGGUUGCCUUGCACCGAGGAUUGCUAACCAAGUGCUCCCUGUGCCAGCGAACUGGUGCCACUAGCAGCUGCAACCGCAUGCGUUGCCCCAAUGUCUACCAUUUUGCCUGUGCCAUCCGCGCUAAGUGCAUGUUCUUCAAGGACAAGACCAUGCUGUGUCCAGUGCACAAGAUCAAGGGCCCCUGUGAGCAGGAGCUCAGCUCGUUUGCUGUCUUCCGGAGGGUCUACAUUGAGCGGGACGAGGUGAAGCAGAUCGCUAGCAUCAUCCAGCGGGGAGAGCGGCUACACAUGUUCCGAGUAGGAGGCCUUGUGUUCCAUGCCAUCGGACAGCUGCUCCCACACCAGAUGGCUGACUUCCACAGUGCCACUGCACUCUAUCCUGUGGGCUACGAGGCCACGCGCAUCUACUGGAGUCUUCGUACUAACAAUCGUCGCUGUUGCUACCGCUGUUCCAUCAGUGAGAACAAUGGACGGCCUGAGUUUGUGAUCAAAGUCAUUGAGCAGGGUUUAGAGGAUCUGGUCUUCACCGAUGCAUCUCCCCAAGCUGUGUGGAACCGCAUCAUUGAGCCUGUGGCCGCCAUGAGAAAAGAAGCCGACAUGCUGAGACUCUUCCCUGAGUACCUGAAAGGCGAAGAACUCUUUGGGCUGACAGUGCAUGCAGUGCUUCGCAUAGCUGAAUCGCUACCUGGGGUGGAGAGCUGUCAGAACUAUUUAUUCCGCUAUGGGCGCCACCCUCUGAUGGAGUUACCGCUCAUGAUCAACCCCACCGGCUGUGCCAGAUCAGAACCGAAAAUCCUCACACACUACAAACGGCCCCAUACCUUGAACAGCACCAGCAUGUCUAAGGCGUAUCAGAGCACCUUCACAGGCGAGACCAACACCCCGUACAGCAAGCAGUUUGUGCACUCCAAGUCAUCUCAGUACCGGCGCCUGCGCACCGAGUGGAAGAACAAUGUGUAUCUGGCUCGUUCGCGUAUCCAGGGCCUUGGGCUCUAUGCAGCCAAGGACCUGGAGAAGCACACGAUGGUCAUUGAGUACAUCGGCACCAUCAUUCGCAAUGAGGUGGCCAAUCGGCGGGAGAAAAUCUAUGAGGAGCAGAACCGUGGUAUUUACAUGUUUCGGAUAAACAACGAGCAUGUGAUUGACGCCACGUUGACGGGAGGCCCUGCCAGGUACAUUAACCACUCCUGUGCCCCUAACUGUGUAGCGGAGGUUGUGACAUUUGACAAGGAGGACAAAAUUAUUAUCAUCUCCAGCCGGCGAAUCCCCAAAGGAGAGGAGCUGACCUAUGACUAUCAGUUUGACUUUGAGGACGAUCAGCACAAGAUCCCCUGUCACUGUGGAGCCUGGAACUGUAGGAAAUGGAUGAACUAAGAAGCUUUGAGGCUACCAGGCAGGGGAGUUCCCCCCACUCCCGCCUCCUCCCUGAAAGGGACGAGGGGGAAGAGAGGUAGCAGCCAGAGCCAGGACCCAGGGCUGGGGCUGCCGGCUGACCGGAGCCCCUGGAGCAGGAGGCUGGGGCGGAGGACCCUAGGCCAAGCCUACCCUGGGCACCAGGGACAACCUUCUUCCCUGCCACCGGCCCUUAGGCUGGCAUCUGCCCCCAGUUCCAGGAGGGGACAGACAGGAGCAGCCGCUGGGCAUCUCAGGUUUGAGGGGGAUAUGGGCCGGGACUACCCAGAAGUGUCAGGGAGCAGGGAGGGGCGUGCGGCUGGGCCUCAGCCCUGCUGCCUCCACCGACCUCGCUGGCCCAAUUCAAGGCUGCAAAGAGACUUGACUAAGCUUGACAAUCCCAAAGGCCGGGUCCCACACCUGGCCCUGCCUGCCGGGUCCUGCCCCUACCCUCACCCCCAUCCCCUUCCUCUAUCUGUCUCUGUCUCCCUCUUUUCCUCUGUGUUUCUGUCUCUCUAUGGGUUGUGUUUCCUUGUUUUCCACUCUGACAAAUGCAACAUGAUGGGAAGAGGCAUCCAGAUGCCCAGGAGGGCAAGCCGGGCAAGCCGGGCAAGGAGACCCCGCACCCACACCUACCUCAUUUAAGUGUUGGAUUUUUUGCUGUUUUGAAAUGUGAGACCCUCUCCGAGCCCCCUACUGCCCCGACUCUCUCCCCCACCUCACUGCCCUCGUCUGAGUGGGUGGAAGGGGGGUAGGAGAAGGACAACAACAACAAUAACAACAACAAAAAUCCAUCUUUGUUUUUAAUUAUGGGCGUGGAUGGCGGCUGAGGCGAAUGGUGAUGAAGGUUGGGGGUGACUGGUCCUAGUUGCUCUAGGACCUCCUUCUCCAUCUGGACAUGGAGGCAGGAGGGGCGUGCUAAACCUAGGACCAGGAUCUCGCUCUCCUGUUUUCCCAGCCUCAUCCUGAGCCCAUCUGCCCUCCAGCCCCUGGACGGGGUGUGGGGGGUAGGGUGAGGGCUAUCCCUGAGCGGCGUGCCCAUACCCAGUGAGGCCGGGUGUGGCCCAGAGCUCUCACUUGCCCUCAGUCACCAAACUGCUGCUGGUCUGGUGGGAAUGGGUGGUGAUGUGGGGGUGGGGAGCUUAGUGUC